CUCGGUGCUGCCACCUGCCUCUGCCACACGCCAGCUUUUGUUCUCCGCUCGCCACUCGCCUGAGGUCCUCUCCAUUCAAUCCAUCGUUCAUCUCAAGAGCCAUGGCUCGGAUGACUGCAGUGACCAUGCUGCUGCCAGGGCUGCUGGCCGGCAUUGUCCUUGGCGUUGCCAUUGCUGCCGUCACCAUCAUCAACAUCUUGCCACUUGGGAGGGAUGCCUGGCAUGCCACCACCGCAAAGAGCCUUACGCGUGGCACCGGUAACCAGACAGUCAACCACCCUCUCAUGCCCCCUCCUCCGUCAGUCCAAUGCCACAGUUGCAUGUCAGAAUGUCACAAGCAUGCCUUCUGCUCAUGCUCAUGCAAAUGCGACCUCCCUUCAGCACGCCCACGCUCUCGACGUUCCUUGUCACUCCCUCCACACCCUGUCUCCAGGUGCAUCUCAUCUGCUCGUGGUCUAUUCUACCAUCACCACUCUCAUUGCACUGCUGUGGGGGAUGGGUGUGACCCACACGCAAGUCAGAGCAUGGGUGCAUCAGCAGGGCUUGGCUGUGACGGCUGGGCUGAUGAAGCUGAAGAGUGCAACCACGUUCCUCCUGCCACGUGGAAUCUUCUCUCUGCUAGACAGCCCCGU